GCAGUGAAUGAAUCCAGUCAGACACAAGCUGUUCAACAGAACAGCCUCUCUCUCUCUCAUCAUCUCUCUCAUCAUCUCUCUCUCUCUCCCUCUCUCUCUCUCUCUCUCUCUCUCUGUCCUUUCAAGUCUCAGGAGCAGACAGUCGGUGGAGCAUCGGCACAGGAGCGGGAGCAACAAGGCGGAGGGGAAGAGGACAAGCAACAUUAAGAGCGGCACAACAGUCAACUGUAGUGCAGCUCGAAUCAACGCAGAAGCAACAGAUUGCCCCCAGUUGCAAUUGUUGCUGCAACUGAUGCUCUCUUCUGGGCUUCGGAAGCGAAGCAGAUGUGUAGCAGCAGCUCCCGCAGCUGAUGCCUCCUGUUGUUUUUUUGAAAGUCAGUUUCGUCCAUGCGAAAUAAGAAAUGCUUUGAGCUCCGGCGAGGAAACGAUGAGCGACAGAAACAGAGAGCUUUGAUUCAGUCGGAAAGCAACACGUUUCGUCAACGUCGCCGCCUACCACCAGCGUCUCCUCCCAUCCUCCUGGUCUUUCAUUGAAGAAGAGGAAGAACUGGCACGCGAGCUGUAGAAUGCACAAAUAGGGGGAGGAUGUCAGACUGACAUCCAGAGUUCAGGGAGUUUUGCUGUGAGGCGGAAAAAGAGCAAGAUCGGGUUCUUAUCAGUGUGAGGAGGCAGGUGAGACGUCCAUAAGUCCUUCAGACCAUCACUUGGACUUCUGAGGACAACGAGGGACCGGAUGGGAGGUGCACCGGCACCUUCCUGAGAACGGAAGCAAAACAAGAAUCCAAAAAGUAGAGAACAAAUGACAGGAUGCCAGAGUUGCAUCUCUUCUACGCACAGAUAGAUGCUCAGUUAAAUAACAAAAACAUUUAAAAGAAAGAUAUCAUUUAUCAGAACACUCAACCUCAUCAACAACCGACAGAGAUAUCGCACUCAAAGAAGGAUGUAUUUGCAUCACUGGAGGUUGCAUUUCGCCUAAACGUGCAAAGAAACAUCAAAAUCAUUUGCUGUUUUUUUACCUCAACUUCUUCCGCCAAGUACGUUUUUGCACCGAUUUCUUCUUUUCCUUCCGGUGCGAGCCUCUUUUGGGAGGGUUCUUGCUUGACUCUUUUUCUUUUUUUUCCGGGGUGAGGUGGAUCUGCCGUGGGGGGCAGCUGACAGCCGUCCAAGACGCCGCGAGCCGUACUCCGCGUGAAGAAUGCCCAGCCGCGCUUGGCCAAGCCGGCCGACCCGGGCCCGCCGGCGGGCCUCUACAUGGAGCGGUCGCAGAGCCGCAUCAGCCUGUCGGCGUCCUUCGAGGCCCUCGCCAUCUACUUCCCCUGCAUGAACUCCUUCGACGAGGAUGACGGGGUGGACACGGAGGGCAGGAAGUUGAAGGGAGGCAUCCAGAGGAGCACGGAGACGGGUCUGGCUGUAGAGAUGCCCAGUCGGACCGUCCGGCAGGCGAGCCACGAGUCGAUAGAGGACAGCAUGAACAGCUACGGCUCCGAGGGAAACCUGAACUACAGCGGCAUGUGUCUGGCAUCGGACGCACAGUUCAGUGACUUCCUGGACGGGAUGGGACCCGCUCAGUUCGUUGGGCGACAGACGCUGGCGACGACGUCGAUGGGUGACAUAGAGAUCGGUCUCAUGGAGAGGAACGGGGGUCUGGAGGUGGAGGUCGUCCAGGCCAGAGGACUCACCAUGAAACCAGGUUCAAAGGGACCUCCAGCGGCCUACAUCAAAGUUUACCUCCUGGAGAACGGGAGCUGCAUGGCCAAGAAGAAGACCAAGUCAGUGAGGAAGUCUCUGGAUCCUCUCUACAACCAGGUCCUGGUCUUCUCUGAAAGCCCGCAGGGGAAAGUGGUGCAGGUGAUCGUUUGGGGCAACUACGGACGGAUGGACCGCAAAUGUUUCAUGGGCGUAGCUCGAAUCCUAUUGGAGGAGCUGGACCUCAGCACGAUGGUGAUUGGCUGGUACAAGCUCUUCCCUACCUCCUCCAUGGUGGACCCGACGAUGGCGCCACUCAUCCGCCACUCCUCCCAGAUGUCCCUGGAGAGCACCAUUGGGCCCUGCUGUGAGCGAUCCUAAGACUCGAGGAAAAAAUGUCAAGUUUUUGUUGUUGCGACAAAGAUUCCACUGCUGUCUCAACCAAAUCCCAACAGACAUUUUUUGAUAUAGCCUGCAGCCUAUAGGUGCGUAGGUGUUAAGUAUCUCACUCAAGGGCACUUUGACCGGUCCGACCACACUUGGGAGAGAAUCACUCCCCUGAUUGGGAAAUGACUUUACUACCUAGUAGGUCACUUUGGCACUCACUGGAAAUAUACCGUUAUUCUUUUGAUAUUGUAUCAGACUGUUUUCCCCGAGACUCACGGGAAGCACAUUUUCUUUUGUUGUUGCAAACUGACCGCCCCUCAGACUCACAGGAACAUGUUGCUCUCCUCAGAUCUCUUUCAUGAGGAAACAAAAACCUACUUAAUGAGGAUACUUCAAAGGAGGGCUCGGUUGCCGACAUCGAUCGCGUCCUAUUGGGACCACGACACACUGCGGCGCUCGGCAUCGCUUCAGCUACGCGCCUUCACGAGCUACGAUCCGAUUCUCAUUCCCAGGACUGCUUGUUGUCUUUCUGUGUCCUCUAUAAGGGGGGCUUGGACGUGUUAUCUGUCUUUCUGUCCAGAGACGGUUUGAGACAUCGGCCUUCCAUUUUGCAGGAGCAUGAAUGGAUCAGCAGGACUACAGAAGACUUUUCAAAAGUAAUUAUAUAUAUAUAUAUAUAUAUAUAUAUAUAUAUAUAGCUUUAUAGCUAUAUAUAGUUUAUUUGUUGUAACCAACCAAGACAUCUUGGUUUCGAAACACUGACUGGAGCUGUUUUUUGUUCUUUUGUGUCACACAUUUGGCCCUUCAAUGUUCAGUCCAUUUGGUACUAUGUGUAUGCGUGUGGAGGCAUGAAUGAAAGCCCCUUAAAUCCUCUGGAAGGAUCUAGAUCUCUACUUGAUCUCGGGGAUCUGGAGUACUGCUGGGUUUCUACGGACUGCAGUUAAUUACAUUUAGCUGCAGCGCCAGGUGUUAAUUGGUCCCUGAGUGGUUUAAAAGAAGAACUAGCAGGUUCUGAGUUCCCAACAACCCAAGAGCCUGUAUAAUUUCAUUACAAUCAAUCGCGACUUUAGCAGAUUUCACUGAUUUAUUUUUGUCAUCUCUCGUGGAAGGCACUUUAUUAAAUGAAAGUCGUGUGUGGUUGGACGGAAAACAUGUAGUCUUGUGGGUUUUUGGAAAAAAACGAUCCACGUAAGACCCCAUUUUACCUGGUUGUUUUUUGAAUACGUAGCAAAUUGCGUCUAAAUAGAGAUUUCCGGCUUAAGCGAGCAGCUGUAAAGUCACAGAAGAACCAUCAACUACAGUUUGAAAUCUGAUUAUAUGACUUCAGGAGCUAAUUACCUUUUAGCCACAUGUGAUAAAAGUAUUCUUUUGUGUGUCGAUCAAAACCGGCCGUGGUGCAUAACUUAAUGACGCAUUGAAGACACAGAUAUCGGGUUUCCCAGCCAAACUUAAUUGAAUUUUAUGCAUGCGAUAUAUAUCGUAGUAGAUCCCAAUUAUAAUUCUAAGCGGCUAACCUUGGAUGCAUGCUACUAUCAAAAGCAGUGAUGUUAAAUCAGGAUACAACUGGCAUUAAACAGCCAGGUGUGAAUGGGGUCUGAAAUGUUGAGGGUGUUUUGUCCUCAUUCGGUUCAAUUCCGUUCUAUAUUGUUCUAAAUUUUCACACCCACCUGUUGGUGCAGCAGGGGGCAGAUGUUGUACCUGUGUUGUAGCACUGAGACAGACGUUUCCAAAAGCAUUGAGGAUAGUAGCCUGGCUGACAGUUUAGGGCUGAAAACCCGCUGUUCAUCCCAGUUUGAUUGGAGUUCGGUAUGCUCUUUAGCUAAUAGUCUACAAGUAGAUUUUUAAGAUUCCUCCUCUCUUUUUAAAAAAAAGAUUGUCUAAUAACAGUUUGUACUGUGCCAAUUUCUACCAGCAAGUGUCUUCUUCCUCAUCCUCACUUACUGUACCUUGCGGCAUAGAGCUAUUGUGAGGGAGGAACAGAAACAGCCGCUCACAACAUCUGCCGGCAGCAUUUAGAGCUGUGCAGAGGAGCGUCCCUUCCAUUCUAAAUUACAGCCCUGAUCCACAGACCGCCAGGGCACCUGGUGAUUAGCCGUGCUACGACUCAGUGUGGAGAGAGGAAGAGAGGGAGGAAAAGGAAAAGAGAGAGGAAGGAAGCAUGAAAUGUACUUUGCAUCAUCCAAACAAAAGAUCUGUCUGGAACCAACGUCAGGUUUUACAGAUUAAAAAAAAGAAGAACGGACACAAAAAUAGGAUGAAUUUAAAGGGAACACCAUGUGCACACUGUAGAGACAUUUAUAGUUUAUUGAAUAACAAAAGUACAUGUAUUUCAUUUGGGCACUUUAUGAUUCUUAAUUUCUUUUUUUCUGUGUAAAUAUUAUGGUUGUUCGUGUCUUUUGGUGUGAGCCAAAGUGAAUCUAUAAUAACUUAGUUGAUUAAUGUUAAAUCUGUGAGGGAGGGAGGGGAUAUCCCCGCUAGUUACCUUAAGAUUGUAGCAUUAGCUGGUAGCAUCCGCAUGACUGAUUAAAACUUAGCAUCCUGCUUGAUAAAACUAAGCAUGAGCUAUACGCUGCAGAGAGAGCGGAGAAAUGAAAUACGUUGGGUUGAGACCCGACAUUAAUUGAGGAAUACAUACAUAUGUAGCAAUGCGAUUCUGAUUCAAAGUUCACUGCUUCCUUUCACAGACAAUAACAAAUACAACGGUUUUGUUUUUCUUAUUAACUUUGAAGCAAGAUUUCAGAACAAAAUUUCUCCUAUACUAAUCAACUAAUAUUUUAAUUAAACUAUACAAAUUAGAGUGAUUUUACUCUUUAAAAAAAAAACUUUUGCAAAAGUGGCCUCUGUUUUAGCCAGUAGCAGUGUUGCAGGGAUAUUAAUACUGUAUUUAUUUCCAAACAAAUCAGCUACAUUCUGUAAAGCAAUAAAAGAAACAUCCAGGCGUUGCAGUUUUUUCAGUUGCACAGUGUACACUGUGGACGAUGACACGCUUAGCCAGUGACUUUCACUGCAGUCAGAUUCUAUUAUCUUUGACGAUUUAAGUCAUCUUUUGGCAUGUGUUUUGUAUGUAAAACAUGUGAUUCCGAUACAUGUUUACUGUCAUAAAGUUGUGCUUGUCAAAGACAAUACACAGGAUUUUUAUGAUUUAAAGGGGACAUGUCAUGCUGGUUUUUAGGUUCAAACUUUUAUUUUGGGUUUCUACAAGAACAUGUUUACGUGUUUUAAUGUUCACAAAACAAGUUAUUUUUCUCAUACUGUCUGUCUGAAUUUACCUUUAUCAUCCUCUGUCUGAAAUGCUUUGUUUUACCGUCUGUCUCUUUAAGAGCCCCCUCCCUUAAAUAGCCCAGUCUGCUCUGAUUGGCCAAAAUAUGGGGAGCAAAAUCCUAAUGGCUUGUUCAAUAACAUGUUUUCUGAUCUAGGCAGCCCACAAAAAGUUGACUGGGUUGUCUUAUUUCACGUUUGUGAGUCUUUUCGUGACAUGCCCUCUUUAAAACACCUUGAAAGUAGCUCAAAUAAUCUGAAUGCAGGAGCCACAGAUCACUCGAUGUGUAAUUCAAACCCAGCACAUUCAGGUUGUUUCACCCCAUAACUUAUUCCAGGAGGAUUUUCAUGUAGUCUCUAAAUAAUCUCUUCCAAACUCAGAAGGAGCUGAAUUGUAUGUAAUACCUCAUGUAAACAUUGUAGUUUCUGAUUUGAAAAAUGCGGGAUCAUUUUUCACAACCUAAAAUGACAUUGAAUAUCAUGGAUUUUAAUAAUCAAUGACUGCCUGGUAGUUAGAAUAAAAGGGGACUGUUUUUAAAAAUGAGUCAGAUAUUAGAAAAAGUUGUAUACAUCAAAUAUAUAUAAUAUAUAUAGUUAUAUUUAAAAUCAAUUGACUCCUCUGACUGUGACCCAAGGAAUGUGUUUCUGUCCGUGUUCUUUUGUGCCAAACUUUAAACAUAUAUUGAGGGCUGAUUUCCCAAUUAAGGACCAAUGAAAGAGGAAAGUUUACACUCCAAUUUUCUAUCAGCAGCCUGUAACAUUCUGUUCAGAGGAAGAACUCUGUGGCUGGAAUAAAACUAUUAUUGCAUGAUAAUGAUUUCAGCAGUGGUAACCGUCAUAGAAGUUCCCCAUCGAUCUACAUCCAACCUGUAGAACAUCAGUCAGCAGAUACUUUACAAUGCAUUAAUAAACAACAUUAACAGCGUUCCUCUCGAGGGUGGAGCGGCGUGGCAGCAGUGAACGAUGUGUUGUUGUUGUUCCUAUGAUGGCUACAGCUGCAAGAAAACAGUCUAAUUGUUUGGGAGCGAGACGAAAUAUAUGCCCACAUUCCCAGCAGGCUUAAGAGUAAUUAAUGUUUAUUUAUUAAAAAUUGAUUGUGUAAUUUUGCUCAUCAAAAGCGUCUUGUUCACCCGUCUGAGUCUGUUUGUGGCGUUUUGUAACUUUGAAGGCAAAUGAAUGAGCUAAUAGAUGUUGUCGUCGACAUAUUCAGCACCAAGGAAAAAUGUACGUUUUUGCAUUGACCCAUGUUCUGAUUGUGUCCGCCACACGGAUGUUAAUUAUGUACAACUAUCAAUUGUGAUGUAAAUAGAGGCCUUAAACACACCGAUAUACAUUUUGUCAGGGCUAUGGACUAAGAAUUGUCACAUAAAGUUAUCAAAACGACGCAAAAAACGUUUUACAGUGUCACCAUUUCAACCCAUCACUUCAAGUAAUUUACGCGUCGUCCGCUGUAUGGAAAUGAUCAUCUUUGCGUAUGUUCUUGAUGAAUUUCUGAUAUUUCAACUGACUAUUUGUGUAUUCUGCCCACUCCUUGCUGUCGGCUUAAUUCAACAAACUGGGCAAAAAAAAACCCAACUUUUUUGCAGAGAAGGUACUCAAACAGUCGGACCUAUUUCUUAAACAAUACUUAUUUUCUAAACUUACAAAAAUGACACUGUUGUUUCUUUAUUGACGUUCGAAUGAACUAUAACUAAAUGAUAAUAACUAAAAACAAAAGAACAUUUGCACUCUAGCCAUCUGCAUCAUCUGCAAGAACUGUACUAGAGUCCCGAUCAGGUCCUCUGCCACUUUAGGUUCACAUUAUGCAAAACCAGACUUUUGCUAUUUGUGCUGCUCAAUUUUACAGCACCGAAGAAAACUCUAGUGACAGUUGAGUUACAUACAGAAUAUUAAGCAGAUCGUGAGUUUAGCUAAUAACUUUUAGAUGUGAGAAUUGUCCCUCAGCCAUCUCUGACAAUGCAUUUAAAUGAUGGAUAACCUUUUUCUUGAUCAACAUGUAUAACCUUGAGUGGCGUUAACAUUACAGCGGUCUUGUUUGAUUCUGGCUAUAUUUACAUGCGCGCAGUCAACACGUUCUCAUCCUAACUCCUCACAUACUGACGCUCGGUCACGACCCCUUGGCAUCACUUUUUUAACGCACCUGGUAGCCCAGUUCUUCAAACGAUUACGCUCCACUACGGUCAUAGCAAAAACACUUGCUUAUCGGGUUUAGGCAACAAACCCAGACUGUUCAAAAUAUGGACGAAGUCUCCGUGACGUUACAGUACAUGUGCAUGAACAGGGAUAUUAGCGACAGAGACCAAAACACGAUUUUGUUCCAGGCUGGAAACACUUUUAUCUCCGCUGUUAGUUUGGCGUUUUAAGAUGGGAGUCUAUGGGGACUCGCUUUUGGUGCCAGCCUCAAGUGGCCAUUUUAGGAACUGCAGAUUUUGGCCCUUAUCUGUCUGUAACAGAAGAUAUGUUGAGGCAAUCAAAAACAGUUAUAUUGUAGAUAUACAAACAAAUGCUUAAGCGUCCUACUCAUUUCCUUUCAGGCUACAAUAACUGGUAGGCUUAACGUAGGUGUUAGGAGAUACUGUGUUCCAAGAUGGUGUCCCCAUUUUCCCAAUAAAAAUGGCUCCGUCACUGAGAAAAGACUCGUUUGGGUUUUCACAAGUUUGGGCUUGUAAAGCCGAGCAAAACUCCCUGUUGGCUCCGUUCACACAUGAGAGGCAUGAACAUAACUAAUAUAGCUUUUUGAGACUUUUCUAAUUAUGAUAACACAAAGAGUCCAUAAACCUAAAGCCUGCAAACAGGUUGAGGGUUGAGCCGGUAGUUGAUAUACUGAUUGGGUAAUUAUUUUCUCCAGCUGCCAUUACA